CCAGCGCGCACCUCCUCUCUUCCUCCUGUGUCAGCCUUUACCGUAGUCUCCCACAACUCUUCAGCCACCACACAAGGUCACCACUAGGCCACCUUCAUUGUCAAAAAUUCCUGCUGAUAUCGGACAAGUAAUCAACAGGAGAUACCGUCUCACAAGACUGCAUUAAGAAACUCGCUCACUCCCCAAAAAACUCGAACGAUCCAAAGAUAAGGGAGCACAGUCAAAACACGACACCCAUCUGCACUCCAGUUAGGAGAAGCGUCUCCCAAGGCAAGGGAGAGAGUGCCUGGCACUCGCCAUGUUGACUAUGGCACUGGUGCUGGGAGUGAUGUCUCCUGCAGCAGCCCUCACUCCUACCCACUCUCACCACUUGCAACUAGAGCGGGAGACAGUGGCAAGGCAGUGGGCGCCAGUCGUAUAUCUUCAUCCCGAUGAACACCACUACCCGAGUUCAGUAAAUCACUUUCUCCGACAUGUCAAACCCAGUUUGUUGUUAUUCAAGUAUAGCAGGUGGCAAGGAAUCCAAUAGUAUUGUGAGAGGAGACUUGACUAUAAUGAUGCCAUCACUUCCUGUGGGUAAACCAAGUCAAGGAGUCUACCUCUUAUCACCUCACAACUUGGAAUGCUCCAAUUGUCCAUUGCCAAGGUUUCUUUUGGGCAAGAUGCCAGGUACACACAGUCCUCCUCCAGUCUAUGCAACAAUUCAUUCCUGUGACUUGCCUCCUGCUGUCAGAGCAAGCAGAAGCACUCCACUUGCAGAUGAUUAUUCAGACGUUUUUAAUAAUGAAGAAACUGAAAUACCAUUCUCCUCAGACAUGACAUCACAAGAGGAAAAUCAGCCAAAAAAUAACACAAAGAGAGCACCUAAUAACAGAUUAAGUACGACGUUAUCAGUUACCACGCUUACACCUACUUCUUCAUCGCCUUCAACAUUGUUGUCUGAUAAACUGAAAAUGGAGGAUGAAGAUGCUCUCUCACACUACUCCAGCACAACAGAAAACACAGUACAAGUCCCACCAUUAUUAGGUAUCAUAAAUACUGAUACCUCUUCAUUUCGUAUUGGACAAAUGACACGCGCUACCUUUAAUAAUACACAUACUAAUCAAUUCCAUAAGACACAUUCCUUAACUUUUAAAUCUAAUAAUAUAAAUGUAAACAAAAAGGAUAACAUUAACAAUGUAACUAAUAGUUUUCCAAUCAAUACAAAUGACAGUUUCAACACCACUGAACAUACACCUAAUUUUGAAAGAACACUAGAUCCAUUUUUACUGCAGGUCCAAACAACCAGUCAGAGCAAUCCUUCCAGCAACUCUGUUACUCCAUAUAAGAUUUUCACCACAGCUAAUCCGAUAACAAAACACUUUAGUUCUAGCAUUGUAGAAGCAAUGAAGCACAACACACACUUGCCUUCUAGAAAUACAAGUGAAAAUGAUGCUGCAGUUAAGCAAAAUAUGGAAAAUGAGAAAGUGAUGGCAAAUGUUACAGCCUCAUACCACACCAGUGAGAAGCGCCACAUAUUAAAAACUACAAGUGACACAAUACUGCCUCAUGAGCAACAAUUCACUGUGACCUACUGGAUGUUUUAUCCUUAUAACUACGGCAAAAAGAUAUGCACAGCUAAUCUAGGAUUUAUCCUCGGGCAUGUUUUUAAGCUGCCAAUAAAUGGUGUUUGUCUUGGGGAAGAAAUAACCAUGGGAAGCCAUGUUGGAGACUGGGAGCACGUUUCAAUCAAAUUUAAGGGAAGUACACCAGUACAGAUGUAUGUAUCAACCCACACUUUUGGAGCUUACUACACUUAUGAUCCCCGUCUCAACAAGUUCCUUUAUGCUGAUGAAGAUGUGAGAGAAGGCAUUAAUAUGUCACCCAUAUAUCCACAAACUGUGCAGCUCACAGGAUUUCACCCAAUUCUUUAUGCUGCACAAGGAUCACAUGGACUUUGGGGAGCUCCAGGUAUUCAUCAGUACAUGUCCAUUCCACUUCUGAAGGAUGCCACAGGAAUAGGAAUGGAAUGGAAGACAUGGCUUAAUCUGAAAGUUAUAGACUUGAGCAAUCCAGCAACAAUAAAACAACACAGCCACUGGUGGUAUUAUGAGGGGCGCUGGGGAAAUCCAAGCAUCAAGUGCCACAUACUUAUGCUUGGCUUCUGCGAACACACCAGAGGACCCACUGGAAUACCACUCAAACGCAUUAACUUCCCAUGUCGUCACACCAAGAGUAGAAUUCCACAAUUAUAGCUCCAGUCAUGCAUUCACCAUGGCAUAAAUCACAAAUGGAAUGUAAAUCUCUAUUGUUAGCAAGGGAUCCUAUCGGGAAAGUUAUAAUACAAUUACCAAUAAAGCCUAAAAUUCUGGCAAAAUGCUCAGCAAAUCUGUUGACUGAAUUCUCAUGCUAACUGAAUAUACUAUACUAGUAAUAAGUGUGCACUCUAGAACGCAACUUGCAGACCACGUGUCCACAUGAGAGCAUUUCUUACUCUCAUAUCCUUGUAAGUCACUUUGCCUAAAACUUAUUUAGAGGUUUAUUAAACAAAUUAUGAAAGCAACAUACUGUACAAAUAAAAAAAAAAUAAAAAAUUUGGAAAACAUUAAAAACUAGAAUAAAGCAAAUUUAAAUAUAUCACUUAUAAAAUAUGCAGUUAUAUGAGCAAUUGAAUUUUUUGUUAAAAAAAAAAAAAUAAAAUGCUUGAGUUCAUAACAAAAUGUUGCUGCAAUUACCCAACUUGAGUACUGUACUGUAUAACUCAGUUGCAAGUCUCACAAUUAUACAAAACACUGUUGAACUUUGAGAGCUUGUUGAAUCCAAGAUAAAUUAUUGAAUAUGUUUUUUAGAAAUGCAAGUGAGAAAAUAUAUAAUGAAAACCAUAACCGAUGCCAUAAUAAACAAUAUAAAUGUU